GAUAAAUUCAGAAACAUGAGUGAGGAGAAGAAAACGAUUGUGAGGGAUUUAGGAUUCGGUGGCUUGAUGCACAUCCCACCACUAAGGGUGCAUCACCAAGUGUUAAGGGAGUUGGCUAACAACUUCAAAUUAGGGGAGAACAGACUGGAAACUGGAUACAGUUCUUUUAAAAUAACACAAAAAAAAAUAGGUGAUGCGCUUGGCAUCAACGCAACAGGAGAUCUAUUUCCUCAUAAAGUCGAUUAUAAGAAACUUUCUGAGGAUGACAAAGAAAUUUUUAGAAGAUUCCAGGGUAAGACCCUCAAAAGUCUUACAGAUGAGAUGAUGGAUAUUGGCGUUGGUAACGAAGAGGAUCGCCUAAUGUUCAAGAGGAUUUUCAUCCUCUAUAUACAAAUGGCGUUCCUUUUACCAACGACAAUAAACAAAAUCUUGCCUGUGCACCUGGCCCCAAUUUUUGAUAUGAACACCAUAAUAGAGAGAAACUGGGGAGGGCAUGUUUUGAGUUUUAUCGUCAAGAGCAUAACUGACUACAAGGAGAAAAAGAAAAAGAUAUAA